AUGGCUUCACACAACCUGAGCGGCUUGAAACGGGACGAGAAGGGGAGAAACAUCCAGGUGGUGGUCAGAUGCAGGCCUUUCAACACGAUUGAGCGCAAGUCGUCCUACGGGGUCAUGGACUGCGAUCCGAGCAGGAAGGAGGUGAGCGUGAAGACGGGAGGGAUGAACGACAAGGCGUCACGAAAGACCUACACGUUUGACAUGGUAUUCGGUCAAGCUGCCAAGCAGAUUGAAGUGUACAGGAGCGUCGUUUGUCCCAUUCUGGAUGAAGUCAUCAUGGGAUACAACUGCACUGUUUUUGCCUACGGUCAGACGGGAACAGGAAAGACGUUCACCAUGGAGGGAGAGAGGAGUCCAGACGAGGAGUUCACCUGGGAGGAGGACCCGCUGGCCGGUAUCAUCCCCAGAACGCUGCACCAGAUUUUUGAGAAGCUCUCUGAGAACGGCACCGAGUUCUCUGUUAAAGUCUCUCUGCUGGAGAUCUACAACGAGGAGCUGUUCGACCUGCUCAGCCCCAGCGAGGACGUCACCGAGCGGCUGCAGCUGUUCGACGACCCUCGUAACAAGCGCGGCGUGGUGGUGAAGGGCCUGGAGGAGAUCACGGUUCACAACAAAGAUGAAGUUUAUCAGAUCCUGGAGAGAGGAUCAGCCAAGAGGAGGACAGCCUCCACGCUCAUGAACGCGUACUCCAGCCGCUCCCACUCCGUGUUCUCGGUCACCAUUCACAUGAAGGAGAUCACCAUGGAUGGAGAGGAGCUGGUGAAGAUCGGCAAACUCAACCUGGUGGAUCUCGCCGGCAGUGAGAACAUCGGGCGCUCCGGUGCGGUGGACAAGCGAGCUCGCGAGGCGGGAAACAUCAACCAGUCUCUGCUGACGCUCGGCCGAGUGAUCACCGCUCUGGUGGAGAAACGGCCUCACGUCCCGUACAGAGAGUCUAAGCUCACCAGAAUCCUGCAGGACUCUCUGGGAGGACGAACAAAAACCUCCAUCAUCGCCACCGUGUCGCCUUCCUCCAGCAACCUGGAGGAGACUCUGAGCACGCUGGAGUACGCCAGCAGAGCCAAGAACAUCAUGAACAAGCCUGAGGUCAACCAGAAACUCACCAAGAGGACGCUCAUUAAGGAAUACACGGAGGAGAUCGAGCGUCUGAAGCGCGACCUGGCCGCCACUCGAGACAAGAACGGAGUUUAUCUGUCUGCAGAGAACUACGAGAGCAUGUUGGGUCAGAUCACCUCUCAUGAGGUGCACACAGUCGAGUACAGCGACAGGAUCGCCGCCAUGGAGGACGAGAUCAAGAAGGUCACUGAGCUGUUUGUGGACAGUAAAACCCGACUGGAGCAGUGCACUGUAGUCCUGGAUGAGAAGCAGCAGAGGUUGGAGGAGACGAGCAGAGACCUGCAGCACACCAAGGAGAAGCUGAGUGAGGAGGAGUUUGUCUGCACGGAGCUCACCUCCGUCCAGGAAUCUCUCUAUGACACGGCAGGACAGCUGCUCAGUACAGUGGACGCCAGCACCGGUGACGUGUCGGGUCUCCACGAAAAGCUGGACAGGAAGAAAAAGGUGGAGCAGCACAACAGUGAGAUCCAGCAGAGCUUUUCUCAGCGGAUGGAGGGAGCACUCAGCAGCAUGCAGCGCUGCGUUCAGCAGCAAGGAGCCCAACACCACAACAUGCUGAGCGGCUACUCGCAGGCCAUCGACGGAGUGCUCGUGAUGAACGAGGCGGCGCUGAAGGGAGCGCUGACCACCGUGGAGUCCUUCGUGGGUGGAGUCGGCCAGCUGGUGGCCGAGGGCGUGACUCGCUGUCAGGACAGAGUGCAGCAACAGGAGGCGCUGUGUUUACAGGACAAGGAGACGCUGCUGCAGCUGCUGGACGAGCAUCAACAGGACAUGGAGGAGGUGCUGGAGGCUCGGACUCUGACGGGUCUAUCAGCUGUGAAGGAGCUCAACGACACUCUGAGAGCCACCAUGGAGACGCAGCGAGCUCUGGCCGACAAGGUGGAGGCGAUGAAGGAGGUGGGUGUGUUCUUCAGCGGCUUGGUUCGGGAGCUGGCCGGGCUGCGGGAGGAAGCCGUGCAGAGCCUGAGCUCGCUGCAGGCCGAACAUGACAAGCUGGAGGACGAGAUCAGACAAGCGCAGGACAGACAGCAGGCGGGUAUGAAGCAGACAAUGCAGUUCCUGCAGGACCAGCUCAACCUGCUGUCCCUGGAGGCCCAGAAGGACUACACAGAUCUGCGCUGUGCUACCAAAGCGCUGCAGAAACCUCUACAGAUCCUCCAGGAGAACAUCAGCAGCGGUUGCAGUACAGUCGAGCGUCGGGUCUCGGCCCAAGCUGAUGUCCUCUCCUCCACCUCCUCCUCGCUCGCCUCCUCUCUGCGUCUGAACGCCGACGAAAGCCGGCAGGCGCUGGAGGAGAUGACAGGCUGCUGCUCACACCUCCACAGCUCCGUGUCCGGUCUGGUCCAACGUGAUCUCCAGUGGAGCUCCAGAGCCAUGGAGCAUGCGGAGACUCAAGCCCAGGAACACCUCUCCAUACUGGGGAAGAUUUCCACUGAAGCUCAGACUCUCCAUCAGAGCGUCGAGAUGCGCUGCACCGAACAGCUCCGGACAACAGAGGAGGAGCUGUCCGGUCGGCAGGAGGAGGUGAAGCGGUCUCUGAUGUCCGUGCAGAACCAGACCUCCCUGAACCGGACGGUUGUGGACCAACAGCAGGCCGAGCUCCGGGACAGCGUGGAGACGAGCCAACAGCUGGUCCACGGCUUCCUGCAGGAAGAGCUGCAGCAGGAUGUUCCCACCGGUGCGACCCCUCAGCGGCGGGACUUUGUGUAUCCCAAGCGGCUGGAGAAGUUGCGGAGCCGCGGCGAGCUGCUGGAGAGCCUGAGGAGGCAGCAGGAGGCGCUACAGGCCGCCAUAGAGGAGGAGGAGAACGAGGAGGAAGAGGACAAAAACAGCCAGGUUGAUCACGACUCUCUGGAGGACGAGCUGAGUAUUUGUAAUGAAAGCUUGGCCACAGAGCCGUCCUUCAUCGACGAGAACCUCGUCUUCAACGAGAGCAAACGCGUUCCCUUCUUCAAGCAAAAGAAGGGUGGUAAGAAGGAGACAAAGAUCCUCGCCAGGCAGAAAGCGUCAGAAAACGAACCCUCAACGCCACAGAAAUCCAGACUACCACUCCGCUCUCAGAACUAAAACAGUUUAAAUAUAUUCUUCUCAAACAAUGUUGUUACUGUCCAACUCUUGUUUUUAACUUGUUUUGUCUUCUAAAUGUUAAGAUGCUGCGUAAUGAAUGUGUCUUGUUUUUAGUAGUGUAUGACUCAACGCCUUCAAGUUGUUUGUAAAAUUAAAGAGAUUUAUACUUGUUU